AUGAUAGACUCAACGGCUAGAUCAUUUGGACCUUCCAUUAACACUGAAAUCAUGGCUGGAUCCCUUCUGCGGAUUGUGCUGCUGGGUAAAACAGGCGUGGGGAAGAGUGCCUCUGGGAAUACCAUCCUGGGCAUCGAGGAGUUCGUUGAGGAAUCCUCACCUGCAUCAGUGACAAGGCAGUGUAAGAAAUACAAAACCAAAGUGUCAGGAAGAGAGGUGGAAGUGGUCGACACGCCCGGACUCUUCGACACAUCGCUCACCAACGAGCAGCUGAAGGAGGAGAUUGGGAAGUGCGUGUACAUGACCGUUCCCGGUCCCCAUGUUUUCCUGCUGGUGAUUAGGCUGGGUGUGAGAUUCACCGAAGAGGAACGCAACACCAUGAAGUGGAUUCAGGAAACCUUCUCCAAGUUGGCUCUGAAAUACUCCAUGGUUCUAUUCACUGGUGGGGACUCCAUCAGUAUACUGCUGGAGGAUUAUAUAGAGAAAAGCCCACAGCUUAAACAGCUAAUUGGAGAGUGUGGGGACAGAUACCACGUCUUUGACAACAAGAAGAGAGACCGCACACAGGUGACCCUUCUGCUGGCCAAGAUUGAUAGGAUGGUAGCGACCAAUGGUGGAAAGCACUACACCGAUCAGAUGUACGAGGAGGCCCAGAGAAAGAUUGAAGAGGAGAAAGAGAGGAAGAGGAAGGAGGAAGAGAAGAAACGUCAGGAAGCUGAAAGGAAAAGAGAAGAGGAACAGAAGAAGAGAGAGGAGGCCAUUCGAAAGGAGUUGGAUAGACAAGCGAAAAAGAGACUGGAGGAGGAGAGAAAGAGGAUUGAGGAAGUAGGCAGACAGAGGCUGGAGGAGGAGAGAAAGAGGAGGGAGGAGGACAGGAGGGAGUAUGAGCGGAGAAGAGAGGAGGAGAGGAAGAUGUAUCAGGAACAAGAGAAGAGAAGGGAAGAUGAAAGGAGGGAGGAGGAGAGGAAAAGAAUGGAGGAGAGGAAGGACUGGGAGAGGAAAUGCGAGGAGAACAGGAAGAUAUUUGAGGAACGAGAUAAGAGAAGGGAGGAGGAAAGUGGAGCAGCAGUUGGGCUGGUUAAGGCAGCAGUGGAUGUCCCUGUUGGCAUGUUUAAAGGUAUGGAUGAAGCCAUAGGGCAUAAAGUAGAUAACGUCAAAGGUGUAGAUGUUCCGGGAGUUUUUGUGGAAGGAAUCGCAGGAGAAUUGAAGGGAGGAAUUGUGGAGGUCGCAAAGGCCCCAGUAAAAGUCCUAGAUGGUGGGUUUGAUAUGGUUAAAGGUCUUUGGAAAUGA